CAGAACCAAGAUGGCGCGGAAGGCUUUCGGGCGGAUGAUGAACGGCAUAAGCGAGCGGGGCGGCUCCGCCUCCAGCCACAGCCUCGCGCUCUCGCCCCCGCCCGCCUCCCGGGAGCACGUGCAGGCCGUCACCAGGGCCUACAGGUCCCAGCCCCGCCUCACAUACAAGACUGUGGUUGGUGUGAAUGGACCACUGGUAAUACUAGACCAAGUGAAGUUUCCCAGGUUUGCGGAGAUUGUACACUUGACGCUCCCCGAUGGGACACAACGCAGUGGUCAAGUCCUGGAAGUCAGUGGCUCGAAGGCUGUGGUUCAGGUGUUUGAAGGAACCUCUGGUGUUGAUGCAAAGAAGACGAUCUGUGAAUUCACAGGAGACAUCCUCCGCACCCCUGUAUCUGAGGAUAUGCUUGGUCGUGUGUUCAACGGAUCUGGAAAACCGAUCGAUCGAGGCCCCACUGUCCUGGCGGAGGAUUACUUAGACAUCAUGGGCCAGCCUAUAAACCCCCAGUGCCGUAUCUACCCCGAGGAGAUGAUCCAGACGGGGAUAUCUGCUAUCGAUGGCAUGAACAGCAUUGCUCGCGGGCAGAAAAUCCCCAUCUUCUCAGCCGCUGGCUUACCACACAGUGAGAUUGCUGCCCAGAUCUGUCGCCAGGCUGGGCUAGUGAGGAAACCCAAAAGCGUUAUGGAUUACAGUGAAGAAAACUUUGCCAUUGUGUUUGCUGCUAUGGGGGUGAAUAUGGAGACCGCUAGGUUCUUCAAGUCUGACUUUGAGGAGAACGGUUCAAUGGAUAAUGUGUGUCUGUUCCUGAAUCUUGCCAAUGACCCGACCAUUGAACGCAUCAUCACCCCUCGCCUGGCCCUGACAACAGCCGAGUUCCUGGCAUACCAGUGUGAGAAACACGUGCUAGUGAUACUGACAGACAUGAGCUCCUACGCAGAGGCGCUCAGAGAGGUGUCAGCCGCUCGGGAGGAGGUCCCUGGGCGCCGGGGGUUCCCUGGCUAUAUGUACACCGACCUGGCCACGAUUUACGAGAGAGCCGGGCGUGUAGAGGGCAGGAACGGCUCCAUCACACAGAUCCCCAUCUUAACCAUGCCUAACGAUGAUAUCACUCAUCCUAUCCCUGACCUUACGGGCUAUAUCACAGAAGGGCAGAUCUAUGUGGAUCGACAGUUGCACAACAGGCAGAUCUAUCCACCAAUCAAUGUCCUUCCUUCACUCUCGAGGUUGAUGAAGUCAGCUAUUGGGGAAGGCAUGACACGCAAGGACCAUGCAGACGUCUCCAACCAGCUGUACGCUUGCUAUGCCAUUGGGAAGGAUGUACAAGCUAUGAAGGCGGUGGUGGGUGAGGAAGCUCUGACUCCGGAUGACCUGUUGUUUCUGGAAUUCCUGCAGAAGUUUGAGAAGAACUUUAUUGUUCAGGGAGCCUAUGAAAACCGCACCGUCCACGAGACCCUGGACAUCGGUUGGAAGUUACUGCGAAUCUUCCCGAAGGAGAUGCUGAAGAGAAUCCCGCAGAGUGUCCUGGCCGAGUUUUACCCCAGGGAUUCUGCCGCCAAACACUAACUGUAGCUCUAACACUGCCGUUCCCACUGGUGUGUGCUGUCUGUAUCAUUACCGAAACACCUUCCCCUUUAUUUCUGCUGGUGCGUGAGUAACGUGGUUCAGUGGUGGGACUCUGUGCCCGUCGAUUCCUGUCAACGUCCCUCAGCUUGAGUGGGAGUUGAGUUGCCUGCCGUGUUGGGUUCCUGCUCAUUAGGCAGUGUGGGGCCAGGUUAGACAGGAUCAAGGCGUUCCCUGUGCUGCGUGCAGGGAUUGGAGAGCGUCACUCACCAGUGACUGAGCCGCUGCCUCUCUGUGUUUUCAUGUGAAAUGUGAAACGCACUGAAAAUCCUACGUUUGGAAUGUCACACAAACUGCUUCUGGCUAUUGAGGUGACGAUUCACUUGUGCGUUAUUAGGACCACCAAUGGGGGGCGGGGGGGUCAGGCCUUCAACCUCUCUGUCCCCAUCCUCUGGAACUCAUCGCCUCACUCCCUCCGUUGCCUCCCAUCUCAAGACCUUCCUGUUUGACUGUGUCUUUGGCCACCCUCCUACCCCCAUCCUCGCUGCCCUCCACCCCUACUGAUGCCAAUCCCCAGCUGGGGUCCAAAUCCCUGACCGCCCAGUACCUUGGGAGGUCCUCCCGACACGAGAGGCGCCGUGUAAAUAAUUUGUUGUUGUUGUUGAUGCAGUAAAAUACUUCUCAACAAACCGUUCAGGAGGGUUGGUGACGUUGCCAUGUUAGUCGUCUAAGGCCAUUGCUUGACCUGUCAGUGAGUGUUCUACAUGUUCGCACAAUGAAUUUUGAACAAUCUGGCUCCUCGUCGCUUUCUGUCAGUGAUGUGAACUCUGAGCUCCAGCGGACUUGUCAGACUUUGAGGCUGUAAGUACUAAACAUUUGGCUAUUUGCCACUCCAGCUCGCUCUCCUUGUGCCUUGAAUUUUUAGACCACGUGUCUCAUUUGUUUGUGUUCCUAGUUUUGAACAAGUGACGGGUUUGUUUUGUCAGGCCCGGGUUUGAAAUGUUACGUGGGUUACAGAACAUUCACGCGUGAUCCUCGAGCCAUCUGCCUGCCUUACGUGUUGUGUUCUGUGUGUGAGAUCGUGUUUGGGUUAAGAAGAUUUCUGAGUUGUUUUUUUUAGGCUCUUUUUAGGCAUUGUCAGUCGCAGGAUCUUUGAUCCAACAAGAGCUUAAUGUGAUCCAUUCACCAAUAUGCAUCUUAAUGCAUUGGUGAUCAAUGUGAAGAUUUAUUUGCACUGUAGUAAUCCCAGAGCACUUAUUUCAAGCCCUGUUAAUCCUUGUUAAGCCUUGUUAUGUUUUCCUGGUUAUUUAUUUGAAUGAUCUUUUCUACGUUUCGUGUUAUUUAUUUGAAUGAUCCUUUCUACGUUUCGUGUUAUUUAUUUGAAUGAUCCUUUCUACGUUUCGUGUUAUUUAUUUGAAUGAUCUUUUCUACGUUUCAUGUUCAUGCUGUUUUAAAUAUUGCACCUCAUUCUGUUUUAAGCACUUUCUAAGUACAGAAUAGGUUGGUGUCUGGUCAAAUACACAGAUCAGCUUUAUGCAGUAAAGGCCCUUUUUGUCUAAUAUUUUCUUGUGUCGUCAAGUUGUCUGUGAAAUAUAUAAAUUGUCGGUAAAGUUAUUUUGGUACAUUAAUGACUAUUG